AUGCACGAGCUCAGAUGGUCACUUGGCGAUUUUCUUGAGUCGUACCUGGAUGAACCUCUCCCAAAAAGGACUUUAGAGCCCAGCAGGAGGAGGACAAUUUUUAAAAAAGCGCUUAAGAAGCAUAACCUACUUGCAACAAUAGGGGUUGAUCAGGGCGUCCAGGAUGAUUUUGAUUCCAAUUCAAUCUACCAGGAGUUCGAUGUCUUGCUUAAGGAGCCCUUGUUCGGGCAGUAUCAGCCUGAUGCUAAGUUGGAGGAUGUUGAUUUUUCUGGUACGGGCACGACUCUGGCCGAAAAGGCUCCAGCUUGGAGCAAGUUUAUCAGUAGCAUGCUAAGCAAUGAGCGUGCGGCCUGGCGUAGUUAUCCAAAGGCGAAGACUUCGCAUAACAGCGAGGCGUACUUGAUUACUGCUGUUAUUUUGCGCGCCCGGGCUCGAAGGAGGUCAAAUCAUUUUGCUCGCCUGCUAGGGCUAUACUUGCAUGGCAGUGGCACAAAGCGACGGGUUAUUGAGACGUUAUCAGGUCUUGGUCUGUGUGACUCUUACAAGGUCAUCAACAAGGAGGUAGAUAAUAUAGCAGACAAGACAAAGUCGUUGUUGCCACGUCUUGCAAUGGACCCGCAGUCUACAAUUGUAUAUGACAAUUACAAUUUUCAGGACCGUAUACGCGACCACGCACUGGGUACUGGUACAUUUACGCAGCGAACCUAA